AUGAAUUUUCCUAUACAUUCUUUCCCAAAUGAUAUGGUAUCACAUUUAACAAAAGAACAUAAGAUAGCUCCUUAAGAAAAUAUUGAGGCAAAAAAGCCUUAAUUUAAUCCUUACGUAUUUAACGCAGGAACAGUAUGCGCAAUUGGAGGAAAAGGAUUUGUAAUAGUCGCUGGUGAUACUAGAUUAUCUUAAGGAUAUUCUAUUAUUAGUAGAGAAAAUUCUAAACUUUGUAAAUUAUCAGAUAAUGUAUAUUUAGCUACUUCUGGAAUGUAUGCUGACUUUGUGGCACUUUCUAAAUAAUUAUAAUCCCGUUUACAAAUGUAUUAAUAUAAUAAUUAAAAACAAGCUUCCAUGAAGGCUAUAUCUACUUUAUUAUCUAGAACUUUAUAUUAUAAAAGGUAUAUUUAUUUUAUAAUUAAUUUUAUUAAUAAAUAUAUAUAUAGAUUUUUCCCUUAUUAUACUUUUAAUCUGUUAGCAGGAUUUGAUAAUUAAGGUAAUGGUUAAGUAAUUGGAUAUGAUGCUGUAGGUUCAGGAGAUUUUAAAUAAUAUGCAGUUUUAGGAUCAGGAGCUUAACUUAUUGUUCCUAUUUUUGAUUAAAUAUUUGAAGGU